AUGGUGGGUCAGAGGACCCUGCAUAAACUGCUCAGUCUCCUGCUGCUGACACCUCUCUGCCUUCUGCAUCCAGGGGCCUUGGGGCAGCCUCACCUGACACGCAGAGCCCCCAGCGACGAGGAGGCCACGUCCAUUCAAGGAGUGCGGGGCGGCUCUGUGGAGCUGGCCUGUGGCUCCGGGCCCACCCCCCUGGUGGUCUUCUGGAGCUUCACGCCCCUGGGCUCGCUCAUCCCGCGGCCUGUGGCUGUCACCAAUGGAGCAGAGUCCAAAGUGGAGGCCGGGGCCUCCGCUCUGGGGGCCAUGAGUCUUUGGAACCGCAGCCUGGUGCUUCAGGAGUUGCGGGAGGGUGCCCGCGGCCACUUCCUGUGCCAGGCUCUGCACGCGGCCGGAGGCCAGCUCCAUACCACCUACGCCUACCUCACCCUGGCCGUGCUGGUGCCCGUAUCAAAGCCUCAGGUGAGACUGAGUGACCCAUCCCCAGUGGAGGGGACCUCUGCGGUAGCCACGUGUGCGGUACGGGAGGGCACGGAGCCGGUGACUUUUGCCUGGAGACAUCAGGCGCCUCGAGGCCCUGAGGAGGACCUGGUGGUCACAGAGCAAUCACUUCAGCUAGACCCAGUCAACAGGACACACCUGGGCUGGUACGUGUGCAGUGCCCACAACGCCGUCAACUGGCUGAGCAGUGAUGGAACCUUCCUUGAUGUCAUCUAUGGUCCGGACACUCCUGUGAUCACUGUGGAGCCGCUGGGCUUGACCGAGGAGGGUUUCUGGGCCAGUGAGAGGGAAGAGGUGACCCUGAGCUGCCGGGCUGCAUCCAACCCCCCUUGUCACUAUGUGUGGCUCCGGGACCACACUCAGGUCCACGCCGGGCCCGCCUACCUCAUCGCCAGCGCCAGCCGCGCCCACACAGGCCUGUACACCUGCCUGGCUCACAACAGCCGCCUGGACACCCGCAGCCAGUCCACCGUCAGGCUCACCAUCUACUAUCCCCCUGAGGGGCAGCCUUCCUGUUCUGUGCUCCCCACCCUUGGGGCUGUGAGCUUGGCCUGCACCUGGCCAGGGGGGCUUCCCGCUGCCCAGCUGCAGUGGGAAGGGCCCCAGGGAAUCGGCCCUGCUGCUGUCAGCAAUGUCACCUGGAGUCGCACAGCCCCCCAGCUCCCUAAUGGCGGUGUUUUCACCUGUGCCGGCCAGCACCCAGCCCUGGCGCUGCCUGCGCUCUGCAGGAUUGCACUGUGGGAACCCCUCCGGAGCCCCACCUGCUGGACCACAGCCACAGCUGGAGACCAGUUCAUCAUGCUGAGCUGUGAGUGGCCUGGAGGUGAGCCCCGUGCCGUGCUGAGCUGGCUCGAUGGACAGCAGCAGCCCCUGGGUACCACUAGCCCCUCACUGGCCAUCCACCUGCUGCGUGCCCGGGAAGAUCUGGCUGGCCGAGAGUUCACCUGCAGGGGCACUCACCCACUCAGGGUCCCUGACCCCCACUGCCAGCUCCAGCUGGAAGCCCCGCAGGUGGCAGUGGCGAAGCCCUGGGUGUCUGUGCUGGAAGGGGGAGAGGCCCGGCUGGGCUGUGCCCUCCUGGGGGGCACGCCGCCUGUCCAGCUCCUCUGGCUGGGACCCCAGCAACGGCAAGUGGACGCCGGCCCUUCCGGAUUCAUACUGCACUCUGAGGGGGCCCAGCUCCACCUUGGUAUCCGGGCCGCUGAGCCAGCACGCCACGGGGGCGCCUACCAAUGCGUGGCUCGCAACGCCUUAGGGAACAGCAGUCGGAGCGUCCUGUUGGAAGUCCUGAGAUACCCAGCUCCUCCCAACGUCACCAUCAGCCGCCUGACGUACGGGAGACACCGGAGGGAGGUGCAGCUGCAGUGGGCCGUGCAAGGCCCUGGGAACCUGACGGGCUUCCUGGUGCAGCAGAGGCCCAGUGCCCCGAGCCCGGGAGCUGGGGCUUGGGAGACCGCAGCCACUGACAUUGAGCCAGAGAGCAGGGGCCGGAGGCUGGGGGGCUUGGACCCAGGUGUCCGCUAUGCCUUCCGCGUCCUGGCUCUGAAUCACCACACGGCUGGACACCCCUCUGAGGUGAAGAUACCAGCGGACCCACCCUUCAGCGCCUAUCCAGCAGUGCUUGGUGCAGCGGGCACAGGAGUGGUGGUGGCAACGGUGGCAUCCCUACUGGUGUUCCAGUAUGCUGCCCGGUACCCGGGGACCAUCCCCUGCCUUGGUCGGUUGCUUGUUCCCACGGAGCAAAGUCAUCACUAUAGGGAUUCUAGGGCAGACCUUGAGGAACGGGCAGGGAUCGAGCCACCACCCACCACCCCAGAUGUGGAGCCUGCACAGGAAGCCAUGGAUGCCCCCGUUAAUGUCACCAUCACUGUGACUGCAACCCCAUGA